GAAGAAGGUAUUUUCUGUUAUUUUGGAUGAAAAAUAAGGGUAUUUUUGACCAAUCGACCGCCAGUACAGACCCAGAGUGAACUAAGGAAGAGGACACACACCCAGCACAGCGCAGAGCGUCAUAUCCGCCAGACCUCAACAGACCUCAUUCAAAAUUUCAAAUUUCAUUAUAAAUAGCCCAAUUCUCAGUUCCCAAUUCCGAAUUCAGAACACCCUUUUCGUCUUUUUUGAUUUAUCUGCUUCAAUUAGUCGAAGCACGAUGAAAGCAUCUCUGAAGUUCCGCGACGAUCAGAAGCCUCUGUUCAGAGCAAAAGUCCCUCUGAAUAUCCUGGGCCUUCCGUUCCAGUCUGGCAUCGCUGCCGGCGAGUCGAAGGAGCUCAGCCUGACUCUGGGAACGCUGUUUGACUCGGGCCCAUCUCUGAAAGUUGCUUACCGCCCAAACGAUUCAAGUAACCCCUUCAGUCUCGUACUGAAGACCGGAAUCGGGUCAUAUGGGUCGCCCAACUCGGCUUCGAUGACUAUGAGCGCCGAAUUCAACCCGCUCGAGCUCGGAAACCCCAGGUUCUUCCUCCACUUCAGGCCUCAGCUUGGGGACUUCUCGAUCAAGAAAACGCAGUCGUCGGUGUUUAAUAAGAAAUUUGGGGUUGGAUCGCAAAACAGCGUUGGCUCAGAAGAUGAUGGAUCGUUUGAGGCUGUCAAAAGUCCGAUGUCGAGCUGCGGGUAUGUGAUGGGCCACGGGGGUUUUCCUGGGAAAAGUAUGGCAGGGUUACAGCUGAAGGCUCCGGCAAUGGGGUUUAUCGAAAAUCUGUUUUCCGGCGUGGAGGUGGGCGCGAAGACGGUUUUGCCGGUGAGGAACGGAGCCAUUUUGAAUUGCCGGUGGGGCCUCAGGUUUUCGGAGGAGCUGAGGCAAGCGUUCGGCGAGGACGUGACGAAGGAUCGAACGGCUGGGGUUUCGCUUAAGAAGCUUCCGCUGCUCGUUCUGAACAAAAUAGGGAUUGAACACUCGGCGGAUAAAACUUUGACUUCGAAGGAGAGUUCUCAGGUAGGCUGGCCGCUGAAUUCGCCGGGAACUGCUGACUUGGCUGCGGCGGAGGCGUGUUUCACGGCGAAGCGUCAGCUGGAGAUUCUACAAGCUGAGAAUGGAUUGUUAAAGAAGGCGAUGGAGGAUCUCCAGUCAGAAUUCUCCGCCGCGAAGCUGACCUCGUUGGCCGGAGCGGCAGAUCCCAGCAACUACGGAGAAGGCGACAGAAGGGGAAUCAGACAAUCCGGCGGUAAAUUCAAUCGGCGCGAGCCGGAAGUGCACGGAUUCGCCGGGAAAGCUGCCGAGGGGGAAUUGAGGGAGGAACAAAAGAAAGCAUGAUUCUGAAGAAAAUCCUCUGGCUUCAUUAGGUGUGUUCAUCUUUCUCAUGAAAGAUAAGCCUUUCCUACAAAAAGAAAAAAAAGAGAGAAAGAAGUCUUUCUCAUGAAAGGAGAGUUCUAUUAUUUCUUAUUAGGGUUUGUUUAUUAUAUGUUUCUGUGUUUUUAAUUACGUAGUUUUAUUUUGUUUGGUCAUAAUACGAAGAUUACUUUGUCACAUAUUGAAAGCGUGGGGUGUAAAUUGCUCAUCUGUGGGGAGAGUUUAUCUUGUUCUUCUUUUGUUAUCAUAUUUAAAGGGAAAUUUCUUAUGGCA